UACAUAUAUUUUUUUUUCGACAAAACUUUUAAACCUUGAUCGUACAAAAUAAAUACAUUUUAGAAAAAUGAGUGAAUUAAGUUUAGAAAAACUUCCUCCAGAAAUAUUAUUAAAUAUUGUGAAACGCCUUAAGCUAUCGGACAUAGGAAAUUUAAUAUUAACUUCUAAAUGUAUAAAAGAAUUUAUAAUUAAUGAAAAUUAUUUAUGGAAAUUAAUAAGCCAAGAUAGACUCAUAAUAAGUAGAAACAUACCCACCUUAAGCUGGUACCAAAGCUGUAGAAUAUCACACAAUUGGUGCCAAGGAAUAUUCAAGAGUAAAGUUAUUAUUCAACAUAAAAUUAAUUAUAUGCCUUGGAUGCAACUGUUAUCUCCAAAUAUCCUUUUGGUAUCAUUUGGUUCUGAUCUUGAAUGCUUUUUACUUGAGUACAGUGGUGUCUACAGAAAAUUAUUAUGGAAAUUAACUGUACCAACUAUGGAAAGGUUUGAUGUUCGUACAAAUGAUAUUUCAAGGUUCAUAGUUAAGGACAAUAUGAUUAUAUGUGGAAAUAGAGAUGGCAGUUGUGCUAUGUAUGAAUUCCAUGAUAUAAAAAAAAAGCCUGUUUUACUAAAUUACAUACAAAAUUGUCAUAACUUUGGACAAGCAGAGGUAACAGCAGUUGAAAAAUGGAAAAACUGCAUUGUCACAGCUGCAUAUAUCAGUCCUGAUUUACAUUUCUGGAGGAAGAAUAAAAUUGGUUGUAGUGACACCUCUCCAAAUGAAAAUUUGAUUUUUAAAAAGCUUAAGAUUCCUGAAUGUAUUGGCUGUCGAUCAUUAUCAAUUGAUUCAACAGAAACAAAAAUGGCUGUUGGUCUGAAUGGAAAUAUGACGCCUGUAUUCAUUGAUCUCAAUAUUGUUGAGUAUUUAAUAGCCCCAAAGCCAGGAACAAGGACUUUAAAUCAUAUUGUCAGAGACAUAAAGUGGCAUAAUGAAUCUGGUGUAAUAUGUGUGACACAUUCAGGAAAGUUACAAUACAUUGACCUUAGGACAGGUGGCUUGACUUAUGAAACUAGAGAUCCAUUUGAUUCAUCUCUUUAUUGCCUGAAAUCAGACGGCGAUAAAGCUGUAGUCACCGGCUCUUCAGAAUAUUCCCGUUGUGUGCUUUACGAUUUGCGUUCAACACAUCAUGUUCAGAUGUAUUUCACACAAAAGAGGUCCACACCAAUUUACAGUUUAGAGUUUGAUGCAAAAAAAUUAAUAGCUGCGGGAGAUCAAAGAGUUGCAGUCCUUAAUUUUAAUGUUAAUUCAAGUACUACCAAAGCGAAAAAUUAUUCUCACAUUUUUCAGUUUGUAUCUUCACGUAGGUAAUAAUUAAACUUUAGAUCUUAUGUAUUUCUCUUGUAAUGUAUUUUGAAUUGCCUUUAUAACAUCAAUAAAACAUAUAAUAAUUUUUAUUGAUAACAUUUCUCCUAUUAAAGGUUCGUUUAUGAUGAAGAUUUUAGAAAAAAAGGUAUUCAGAGCACUCCCUUUUAUAUACAAUCUCUCUGAUAACUUUUACAAUUUGAUGGGACGGCCGAACAACACAAUCGUAAUAUCGUUAGAAUAUAAUAAUAAAAAAAUAUAAUCAAUAAUUAAAUCAUAUUCCUGCAUAUUUUAAGAACUUUCUAUGGUAUGGUAGUGGCGAGCUAGCUACAAAAUUGUUAUACGUACCAACUCUAUUUUUUUUAUAUAUUAUUGAAGUUAUACUUCUUUUGGCCCGAUGGAGAAAAACGAUGAGUGUGAAUUUUUACGAUGCGUGCCCACACCGACACCUGAAUUCUACAUCGUAAAGUUAUUUCUAGGUGGCAUGAACAUCAAUAGCCAUGUUCAAGUUGUACAUUCAAGUAUUUUUAUUUUAGAACACGUGUUUCGUAACAGUACAAUUAGACAAUGUGAAUAAAUAAAUAUUAUUUUAGUGUUUUUAUUAAAUCAAUUUCAAAUACGACGGUGAUAGUAUUUACUAAUAAUUUAUUAGUAUAUCUAUUGAAUAUUAGUGAUAAAACUGUUUUGAGUUUUUUUAUGGAUUUGAGGUUAAUUGUCGGUAGGAUGUAUAAUUUAUUUACAUCGUUAAUUAAAAAUGAUAACAUUAUUAUCUAAAAUAUA